GUAUAUUUUGAUUUAGCGUUCAAAUGGGAGCGCGGGAUUUUGGAUUUAUGUCAUUGAGAUAGCAUUUGUUUUAUUUAAUUGUUAUUUAACUCUAGUGUGGUCCUGUGGUAGCCAAAAGCUUGCACUUAUUUAUCGAAGUUGAAGUAAGUUUUUUUUUUAAAUAUAAGUAUGUGAAACCUAUUGGAUUUGUUGAAUGUCGAUGUUGAACAACAAUCCACAUCAUGAAAUCUUGAUUAUCCGUCAUCUCACUAUUCAUUCAGACCAUGAAGCUGGCAGUGAAGCAGCCCAGUGAGAGUAUGCCCAACAUCCUCAAUGAGGAGGGGAGUGACAGCAUGCCAGCCACAGAUGUAGACCAGGCUCAGCAGGAUGAGGAAAAUGAGGAAGCAGGAGGGGAGGAAGAUGAAGACGCGCCGAUGACGGUGCCGGCCGACGUGUCGUGCAUCGUGCCCGGCUGCGGCCGCCGCCACGGCCGCAUGUGCACCUUCCCCGUGGAUGGCGAGAUGAAGACGGCCUGGACCAGCGUGCUCGAGGCCGUCUUCCCCGCGCUGGACGUGAACGCGCCGGAGCCGAAACUCAAACUGCUCUGUGAGGACCAUUUCGAGUCGACCGAUUUCGACGAGCGGGGCCUGAUCCAGCCGGCGGCGGUGCCGACGCGCUUUCCGGGCGGCGUCAAGGUGAUCUACAACAGUAGCGGCGACGCCGAGCAGCCGCCCGAAGAGGCCGAGGCCGAGGAGCCGCCCGAGCCGCCGCCCAUCACCUGCUGCGUGCCCGGAUGCAAGACCGAGGGACCCAAGGACAGCAUGUUCGAGUUCCCGGAGGACCUGCACCGCGCCUGGUGCUCCAUCAUCACGGCGGCCACCAGUAAACAGAGCUGGAGGAAGGGCGAGCUCGACCCCAAGACCAAGCGGCCCCUCGAGAUGCGCGUCUGCAAGGAGCACUUUAUGGCGGAUAAUUUCACCGAGGACAAGAAGCUGAAGCCGGGCUCACACCCGAGUCUGUUCGACGGCGGAAAGAAGAAGGUCAUCCUGCGCCCGUCGCCCGCCGUGCCGCCCACACCGAAGCCGAAGCCGAAGACCCAUGGAAACGCGCGCAAGCCGAUGACACCCAAAGUACCCAAGGAAUCGUCAGGCAAGAAGCUGGGCCCGGUGUUUGUGAACGUCACAGACGACGGUCUGCAGCUGCUGCACAAGAGCGGCACAGCCGUGCCGCUCUCCGACCUGACGCUAGCCGAGCUGCGGCGCAUCCACGAGUGCCUCAAGGACAAGCUGCGCGGGGAGCCAACUGAAGACGAGAAACGCAACCUGGAGAAGUGCGUCACCCAGGUGAAGCCGGUGCUGGAGGAGAAGGAGCUCAGUGACGCCCAGGAUCCGGACAACUCGCCCGUCCUGGCGGACGUGAUGGCACUCAACCCGGACAUGCAUGACGUGGACGUACGCCGGCUGGUGGAUAGCAUCAAACAGGUGGACAGCCAGAGGCGGGAGUACGAGCGGUCCCUGUCUCGGUUCUUCGAGGACUCUGACUCGUACGCCCGCGAGUCGGAGGGUCUGACUCUGAGGAUCAACACUCUCAAACGGAAAAUAUCCGCCAUGGAGACCACGUUCCUGCGUUUCUUCAAGUACAACGACCAGCGGCGAGCGUUGAUGGGCGCCAGCACCGUCAAAUGGGCGGUACCCACUCUCACCAUGGCCAGAGAUAUCAUACAGAAGGUGGGUAAGACGGCGUACGGCCGUAUCCUGCGCAUGGGCUUCCCGCUGCCCUCUGCCGAGGUGGUGGCGGCCUCGAUGGAGCGCGCCUCCGCCGGGAACGUGCAGUGGGGCCUGGUGGACGUGCUGGAGAACCGCGCGACCGGCGAGCCGCAGAGCAUCCAGCCCGUCCCCAUACCGCAGAACGGCACGACGGAGACGAGAACUGAAGGAGAGCCUGCCGCCAAAAAGGCCAAGACGUCCGGUUCAGGAGAGGCAGCGACGACCGGUGACAGCGGAGCACUGCAGGGCAUCACCGCCGAACACCUGCAGAACGUACUGGCCGGCAAAGGGUCGCUGGUCGACUCGAAGGGGCGCGUCAUCAAGGUCUCCCUGGCGGACGUGCCCGGCGCGCCGCCCGGCGCCAAGACAGUCGUCAUGGAAACACCCGAUGACGCCGGCGAGGUGCGCUACGUGCCGGCGGAGGAGGCCGGGUCCGCCGCCGACGAGGAGGCGGCCGAUGACGUCGAGCCCGCCGCGGAGACGGCGGAGGGCACCACUGACGAGGGGGAGGCGGCCGAGACGACCGAGACCUAGCGCAGCCGGCGGCGGCAGUGAGAGGCGCGCAGACAGUGCGCGGACAGACUGGAGAGCGCCCCACGACCGGGCGGCGGACUGAGGGCUGACUGGGUGCGUUAUUUACCGUUUACGUUGUGCUGGGGACAGUGAUUGAUAUCUCUCACUGGAGUCGCGCGCUUACUUCGUGUACCAGCCUAUGCAGUGUGUCGGUAUCAUCCCAGAAUUUUCUGACGGCACUGGCACGCGAUGCCGUUGCAUAAGAGUUGAUUUGUGUUUUGUCUGAUAUCAUCGACUCUAGGGCGGGGCGGCGCCAUCACCGGUCCUGGCGUCGCACCAUCUCAUUAAUGUUCAUACUUAGCGAGCAAUUCACCGCGUCAUUGUGAAUACAGGCGAUCAUCACC